GAAGUGAGAGAGAGACUGCUUCGCUCGGAAUGUUGAGGGUUCUCAGAUCUUCCGCUCCCAGAUUCUUGACUAAAGCCCGUCGUCGUACCAUUUCACCCUUUGCUCCUCCUCCUCCUCCUCGUUUCUCCUCGGCUCGUUACAUCGAUGAUACUGCUGCUCCCUUCCAGAAAAUCCAGAUUCCAAGGGAUAUGAAAACAAGUACAUUUGAUGGAUAUCUUGUUGGUGAGCACGACGCUCCUGGAAUUGUUCUGCUUCAGGACUGGUUUGGUGUGGAUUAUCAUGUCAAAAAUCAUGCUUUGAGGAUUUCUCAGCUUGGCCGUGGAUUUAAAGUUCUUAUUCCAGAUAUGUACGGAGGAAACUACGGACAGCAACUGUUUUAUGGAAUUGAUUGGGAUGAAGCUCUGAUGAAACUUGAUUCUUCAACUACAUGGCUUCAAAACAAUGGUUCAAAAAAGGUUGGUGUAACUGGCUUUGGUAUGGGGGGUGCUCUCGCUAUUGCCGGCUCUAUCCGGUUUCCACCAUCUUUUGAUGCUAUUGUAUCUUUUCAUGGCGCUCCUCCUCGGCAGGAUGACCCUAGCUACGCCAGUGCUCCUGUUCAGGCUCACUUUGGGGAGCUCGACGAUUUUGUUGGAUUUUCGGAUGUUAAGACUGCGAAGGAAUUGGAGGAAAAUUUUAAGGAAUCUGAAUAUCCAUAUGAGGUACACAUAUAUCCUGGCAAGGGACACGCAUUUAUGGACAGCAUGAUAUUGCCCGAUGAAGAUGAUGCUGAAGUUCAGCUCGCCUGGUCUCGCUUCAAGGAAUGGAUGACACGUUACUUGUAUAGUGACCAUGAUUGCUGUUAAGCUCUAAUUAAACAUGGUGCUUCUUACUUUUGGGUUGUUACUUUUGAGAUAUUUGACUUGGAAUAAUUUUGAAACUGUUGUGGGGCUUCCGUAUUAAGAAAAUAUGGUCUUUGGCUUAUGGUGCCAUUGUUCCUAAGUUCUGAUCA